UCCGCCAUGUUGACUGGUAUGUGUGAAUGUUAUGUUUUUGAAGUGUUGUGGAGUAUUUACACCUCUAGUACUUAUUACUAGAAUAACAAACUUUAAACAGAGGGUGUAUAACUCGUAUUGAGAAUUUACUGUUGCCGCUGCAGGAAUGUAUCGUCGCGGCGUGAGUAAGAAGGAUCAAAAGGCUGUGAAUAGUAAGAAGACAAAUGAUAGCGUUGGUAAAUUUGCCGAGCUGCUGGUGUUCGGCUAUGAGUGUAAGGUGUUCCGGGACGAUGAGAGGGCUCUCUACCACGAACAGGGCAAGCACCUUAUCCCAUGGAUGGGGGACAAGAGCAUCAUGAUUGAUAGGUACGAUGGCCGCGGGCAUUUACAUGACCUCUCUGAGUACGAUGCAGAAUCAUGGAAUCGCGACUACCAUCUCUCAGAGGAGGAGGCCAGAAUCGAGGCCCUGUGUGACGAGGAGAGGUAUUUAGCCUUACAUACGGACUUGCUUGAGGAAGAGGCAAGGCAAGAGGAAGAAUAUAAGCGCCUGAGUGAGGCCUUGGCUGACGAGGGCACCUAUAAUGCAGUGGGGUUUCAAUAUAGUGCUGAUUACUACGACCCCUCACAGCCCACAGAAGAGGAGGAGUUAGCCAAGGAGGCUGCAGAACAGGAACCAGAAGAGAGUGAAGAGCCGUUCAUUGCUCCCCCUGGACUCUGUGUAGCCCCUGAUGUGGAGCUGCCUGCAACAACUAAAAUGCAUGCAAUCAUUGAGCGCACAGCCAGUUUCGUCAGCAAACAAGGAGCUCAGUUUGAGAUCAUGCUGAAAGCCAAGCAGUCCCGCAACUCCCAGUUUGAUUUCUUGCGCUUUGAUCACUACCUGAACCCUUACUACAAGCACAUCCUGAAGGCCAUGAAGGAGGGCAGGUACACCUCACAGACUGAGACCAAACCAGAUGAGAACCAGAAUUCUGGAACAGAUGACACGGACGAUGAUGAAGAUGGAUGUUACCUUCAUCCCAGUCUCUUUGCCUCUAAAAAGUGCAACAGACUUGAAGAACUUAUGAAGCCAUUGCAAGUAAUGGAUCCAGACCACCCUUUGGCAGCCUUGGUCCGGAAAGCCCAGCAAGACAACGAUGCGGCAACAAAGAAAGCAGAAGAGAGUUUAGCAGCAGCAGCGGCGGCGGUGGCAGCAUCAACAACCGCGCAAGCAGAGUACCCUACAGACCCAACAGUAGCUGCAAUGUAUUAUGGGUACUACACGCUGCCUGAUGGGACCUACUGCCUUGCCCCUCCUCCUCCCGGGAUAGACGUCAACACCUACUACAACUCUCUGCCCGCUGGAAUUUUACCAACAUCUUCAAGAGUGGUGGCCCCUCCCCCUCCGGGCACCACGCCUCCACCUCCCCCGGCUGCAGUUGAGGCCUCCAGCAGGACGGUUUCUACUCAAGCAGCCACUGUGCCAACAAGUUCCCAAGCCCCAGUGGCUGCCAUUAUUCCCCCUCCUCCAGACACCCAGCCUGUGAUUGACAAGCUCGCUGAGUAUGUUGCAAGGAAUGGGUUAAAAUUUGAAACCAGUGUCCGUGCCAAGAACGAUGCAAGGUUUGAAUUCCUGCAGUCCUGGAACCAGUAUAAUGCAUAUUAUGAAUUCAAGAAGCAGUAUUUCCGCCUGAAGGAAGGAGGCAAUAUGAUAGAGAGCCUGACUGCUUCAGAUUCUGGAAACGAAGCGGCUGUUUCACCUCGAGAAUCGUCCGUCUUAAGCAUUUCAGACACAGAAAGCUUGAUAACCAAGGCAGCAAACUGCUCCUCUGACAUGCCAUCUAAUGAGGGCAAACUAAUUAAAGCCUCCUUCGCCCCCAUAAGUUUUGCUAUCAAAGCAAAAGAAAAUGAUCUCCUUCCGCUUGAGAAGAACCGAGUGAAGCUGGAUGAUGACAGUGACGAAGAGGAGGGGGAGAAGGAUGGUCAAGACAACCCCAGCUCUGGUGUAGCCAAGGAGGCUCCGGUUAUAGAGGACAAGAAACCACAGCUUACACCAGAGGAGCUAGAGGCAAAACAGGCUAAACAGAAGCUGGAGGACAGACUGUCAGCUGCAGCCCGGGAGAAGCUAGCCCAGGCCUCAAAGGAAUCAAAGGAGAAACAACUGCAGGCAGAGCGCAAGAGAAAAGCCGCCCUCUUCUUACAGAACCUCAGAAAUCCACUGACAGAACCUGAAGUGAUGAAAGCUGAAGACAGCCCUGCUUGGGCAGAGCAGGAGAUAUUUGAAGUUUCUGCCGCCACAUCCGUUGGAUCAAAAGUUUUGGCAGAGGUGGAAUCAAAAUCCUCCAACAAGAAGUCGUGUAAAAGGAAAGAUUCCUUGCGUGAUCGAGAAAAGGAGAAGAAAAAGAAAAAACACAAGAAGAGGUCUCGCUCCAGAUCCCAGUCCCGCUCCAGAUGUAGCUCCAGAUCCCACUCGCGUUCCAAAACCAAGCACGCGCUUCCAAGUGCCUACAGGACUGUCCGGAAGUCAAGAUCCAGGUCAAGGUCUCCCAAUAGAAGACGAGCUCGCUCUUCAGAAAGAAGACGUGAGGAAAAAGAAAGGGAGAAAUGUGUCCCCAGUGCUUAUCGGAUCAGUAACAGCCCAGGCUUCAGCAAGAAACGCUCAAGGUCUAGGUAUAUAACUCGGAAGAGUGAGCAGGAGAAACUGAUACCUUGUUUACCUACCCCGAAGCCCAAUUUGCAACAUGCAGGUCUCCUCAUGAAAAGAAAAAGAAGAGAAGCUCAAAGUCACAGAUCAAAUCUAAAGCUCAGUCCCGUUCACAGUCCUCUUCCCCGAAGCAGGCUUCCAAUAAGAAACCAGUUUCUGCACAUUCUACCAGUAUAUCUCCUGUGGAGAGCAGAGACUCCAGCCAGGAGCGAUCCAGGGGAGAAUCUCAGGAAAAAGACAAACCAGUAUCCUCGCCUUUUGUCUCCUCUCUUCAAACUAAAAUCACUCAGGAUAUGAUGGCCAAAGUAAGAGCAAUGCUGGCUGCUUCAAAAGAUUUACAAGCUAGCAGCUCCUGAGCACCCCGUCAGAUCAAACCCCAGGGAAAACCAGAACUAUUAAAAAAAGAAUCUUGAUCUGCCUCGCCACCACAACAGGACACAAUAGAUUUAUGUUGCAGUUCAGCUGGUCAAGCUGGUGCUUGUGGCAGAUAGUCCAGAAUCAGAAGCAAUCAGAGUUUUUUGUAAUUUCAUUGUGGUUAAUUUGGUUCCUUGCUGGUUUCAGCAAAAUGUGUUGCAUCUCCUAGAAAAAAGGCACCAUGUCUGUUAGAGGUUUAAUACAUAAAAUCUGGCUUGUUGGCUGUCAGACCCUUUGUGACUCAAGCUCCACGUGCAAAUAAUAGAUGCCUACUAAAAUUGGAGCUCUUCACUCAGUGCAUUGAAUCCAUGCUAUUGGUUCUAGUGAGAUUCAAAUUUAAAAGUAGGGAUUUAAAAAAAGCUUGCUCCCCUGUAAGCAUGUGCUCUUCACUCAUUAUUGAAUAGCCUCUAAAUUAUUUUUUCUCUUUGUAAGUACAAAAGGUUUGCCCGCCCACUCUUUCUUUAUAAGUUAGAUGGGAAAUCAAGUUUAUCCUUCUAUGAAGGAGUAAUCUUUUUUUUUUUUUUUUUUUUUUUUCAAACAGACUGUAACCGUUAAGGGAUUUUGUCUUACUCCCCCCCCUUACUUACCUAGUUUCCCUUACCUUACUGCCUUUAUACUGUCUGUAAGUAUGUACAGGAUUUCUUGGCUCUGCUGGUUUAUAAAAUGUGUCAAUAAAUUUGGAACAUGUACAGA